UUUCAUUAGUCAGUGCUUCCGUUUCGAAUGCAAGAUGGCUGAAGUUGUCGAACUCCAGAAAUUGAAGUUGGCUGAGCUCAAACAAGAAUGUGCUGUGAGGGGACUGGAAGUGAAAGGAAACAAAAGUGACUUGAUUGCCCGGUUGCAAGCAUACCUUGAAGAACAUGAUGAGGUGAACGAAGAGGAGGUUUUGGAAGAGUUUACAGAGGAUUCUUUUAUUAAAGAUGCCACAAGUCCUACCCCUAUGGAAGACCAGGCAGCUGCACCGGCAAAGGCUGAAAAGAAAGUUGUGAAAAUUUCUCCCCCUGCUACAGUUGAUGAGAGGCUGCAGAAGCGGGCAGAGCGAUUCAGCCUGCCUGCCAGUGCUGACAAGAAGGAAGCCCGUGCUGCCAGGUUUGGGUUACCCACCACGACAACCAGCUCAACACAAGCUGCAUCUGCAACCAGUAAACCACACGUCAACGUUGAGGCCCUGAAGAAGCGGGCAGAACGCUUUGGCAUGAACGUCUCUUCUGUUACCAAAAAGGUUGAAGAAGAUGAGAAGUUGAAAAAGCGGAAGGAGAGAUUUGGGAUUUUGACCAGCGCUGCAUCGGCAGGGGCUGAGGAUAGUGAGGCAAAGAAACGGAAACGAGCCGAAAGAUUUGGAAAUGUUUGAUCUAUAAACUUUCUUACAAUUUGAACAUAUUUUGUAUCUGUUUAAGAUAUUACAGUAGUAGUAUUUAAUUCUUUUUUUAGUUUGUGAUCCUGUCUUCAGUAUUUCCAAACCAAUAUGGACCUGCAUAGUUGCAUAAGCCUGUGGUUCCUUGCAUUAAGAGCAUAUUCAAGCAUCCGUGUUUAUAAAUGCACAUUUGGAGUAACCAGGGUUGUUUCCACAUAAUACUGAAUAAGGGACCAAAAGUGUUUGUCACGUUUGUUUGUUUUUUAUUGACCAAAUGACCAGCCCUCCUAUUAUUUACAAAACUAAAACAUUUUCUAAAUAAAUGUAAUGUCUUGUGUCCUGA